AUGGCGAAGUACGGCGUCGUCGCGCGCGGCGACGCCGAGCUGUACUUGCGGUUCCCUCCCGCGGCGUACAGGGAGAAGGUCUGGGACCACGCCGCCGGGUACGCGGUCGUCGUGGAAGCCGGCGGGGUGAUGACGGACGCGGGAGGGAACGCGCUCGAUUUCGCGAGCGGUCGGUUUCUGGACGUCGAGAAAGGCAUCGUCGCGAGCGCGAGCCCGGAGCUGCACGCCAAGGUGCUGGCUGCGCUCGCGGCGGAGGACGAGUGACGUGAUGGCGUCUCGUUACGCGCGCGGCGACGCGAAGGCGCGGUGAGGGAGCGCGCGUGUUUAUCGCGCAGCUCGACCCGGCGUCGUAACCUCAGUUUAUGCACGCGUCGCGACGAUUCGCGGUCUAUUUAUU